AUUAAUGACACUAUGAAACAAGAAGGUUGGACACGCACACUUGGAUUAACUGUGUGCUCUGCAGCUAUUGGUGGCACUUUUCAGUAUGGCUACAAUAUUUCAAUCAUUAAUGCACCCACAACUUAUGUGCAGAAGUUCAUUAACGAGACCUGUGUGGAGAGAUGGGGUACAGCUCUUGAGCCCAGUAAGGUAACACUGAUAUGGACCUUUAUUGUUUCAAUUUACUCACUUGGAGGACUUCUGGGAUCCCUGCUUGCUGGCCCAAUGGCUAUUAAGUGUGGACGUAAGCCUAAAGGUGCACUGCUGCUGAACAACUGCUUCCUUUUUCUGAGCGCAGUCCUGGCUCUGAGCAGUCGUGCCGCUGGCUCUUUUGAGAUGAUCAUCCUCGCUCGUCUGCUGGUGGGGGUCAAUGCUGGGGUUAGUAUGAACGUCCAGCCCAUGUACUUCGGAGAGAGUGCACCGAAGAACCUGAGAGGUGCUGUCGCCUUUUCUUCUGCUGUUUUCACUGCGUUUGGGAUUUUGAUGGGCCAGGUAACAGGUCUGACUGAAGUUUUGGGGAGUGAAUCUCUCUGGCCUUACCUGCUGGCGAGCAAUGCUCUCCCUGGCCUAGUACAGCUGGUCACCUUGCCCUGGUUUCCAGAGAGCCCCCGUUUCCUGCUCAUCGACCGAGGAGACAGAGAGGCGUGCGGUCAGGCCCUGAAACGCCUCAGAGCAUGCAGCGUUUUUACUGCUGAGAUGGAAGAGAUUCUACAAGAGCGGGCAGGAGCAGGCGAAGCCCGUGCCAAAACGCUGUGGGAACUGUUCCGUGACCGAAGUCUUCGCAGACAGCUCUGCACCGUAAUGGCUGCCAGCAGUGCCAUGAUGCUGUGUGGAAAUGAUUCCAUUUACUUUUACACCUCCUAUAUAUUUCAAGAAGCCGGUAUUCCCACUGACAAGAUUCAGUAUGUCACGAUCGGUACCGGUGCCUGCGAGUUCACAUCUGCCGUGGUGUGCAAUCUCCUGAUCGAGCGCGUUGGGCGCAGGUUACUCCUCGCAGGCGGGUAUCUGUUCAUGGCUUGCUGGGCGGUGGUCUUCACUGUUGCUCUUUCGCUGGAGGGCAAAGUGGACGGCAUGCCCUAUUUGAGUAUGGUCUGCAUGUUCGCCUACAUCUUGAGUUUUGGCAUGGGUCCCGCAGGGGUCACCGGGAUCCUUCCUGCCGAGCUCUUCGACCAAAUGGCACGUCCCGCAGCUUACAUGGUUGCUGGAUCUAUGAUGUGGCUUAACCUCUUCCUCAUAGGAAUGGCGUUUCCAUUCAUCGUUAACGGCCUGGGACAGUUCUGCUUCAUCCCCUUCUGUGGAGUUUGUGUGACUGCAUGUCUUUUCAUCGGUUUCACUUUGCCUGAAACCAAAGGAAGGACUCUAGCAGAGAUCACUGAGGAGUUUGAGAAGCGGAAUAAGAAAGGCACAGCUAAUGGGCUUCCUAAAUAUGGGGAGCAAUCUCAAAGUCUGACUGAUCUAUCAGAAUGCCUAGAGACUGACAAUGUCUGAGAGACAUCUGGCUGAUUUUGUUGGUACUGUAUUCAGAUUUUCAGUUUGACUGUGUGUGUGUGUGUACACAGUACUGUACGGUUCUUCUGGAUUUAGUCUAUAUAUAUAUUUAAUUUAGGGUCAUUUUUUGCCCUGUCUAUUAAUUUAUUUUAAAAUACCUUGAAAAUGGCAUAUAUAAUUUCAAUUAUUACAUAAUUUAUUCUAUAAUGUAUAAUAAAAAUAUAUAUAUUAUUAUUAUAUAUAUAUUAUUAUAUAUAUUAUAUAUAUAUAAACUUGUGUACACUCAUAUAUAUUAAAGAAAAAUGUUAUUAAUUUUUACCUAUUGCACCACAUUUUUGUCAUAAUUCAUUAAUUGGAAACUUUUCUUGAGAAUGGCAUAAAAGCCAUAUGAAACCAGGAAAAAUAAGUAAAUAAAUAAAUAACAGGUGCAUGUUUCAAAAUUAUGUAGAGCUGUGGGUUUUUUUUUUUUUUUUUUUUUUUUUUUAUUGUACUGUUUCCCAGAAAACUUGAAUCUUGAUGCCUGCAAAAGUGAAAUGCAAUGUGCACUUAUGUAUUUACCUCAUUCUGUGUCUCAUAUUAUAAUGUUGUUAAUUAUUUAUU